UGUGACUUUUAAGAUGUACACUAAAAUAUGAAUGCAACGAUAUGUAAGCACUUCUUAUGGGAUUCAAGAAUUUUCCAUUGCUUUUCUUUCCCCCACAUCCAGGGAUCAAACCCAGCUUUCAAAAUACUAGGCAAGUUCUUACCACCACGCCUAAUCCCCAGAACCUACUAUUCUUAACCUGUAAUCUCCUUAAGGCAAAAUCUAUGUCUUAAUUGAGCUUGUUUCUUUAGUAAAUAGGGUUUUAAAGAAAUUAUAGUUCAAUAGACCAGCACAUCCCUGUUUCUCUUUAUCCAUUUUGUUUUCUAGAAGCAUUGUUGCUCUGCUGCUAGAUCUCUGGGGUUUCAGCCAUCAGAAAUGAGUGAGGAAAGAACAGCAUAUGCAGAGCUGACAUUAUCCCUUAAAAGUAAGAAGGACAAAAACCAGCCAAUUAAGGAAAAGAGAGAUUGUCCAUGGCUCGUGACUGUUAUCAUCCUGGGAACAGUAUGUCUUUGUCUUCUGAUGUCAAAUGUAGUCUUGGGAUAUCUGUUUUUUCAGUGCACUUCUAACUUCAAAAUUCAACAUGGGAAGGAUGCAAAUGAAAGUACUAUCUCCUCAAUGGAAGUAGCAGGUCCUUCAAUUUUACCACCAACUAAAGGCUAUUACCCAUGUCAAGGAAAAUGGUCAUGUUGUGGAGAAAAUUGUUACUACUUUUCAGAGGAAGAAAAGACAUGGGACGAGAGUGAGACAUCCUGCAGAUACCUGGGUUCUCACCUGGCUAAGAUUGACAACAAAGAGGAGCAGAACUUUAUCCAGUCACAAUUGAAAUAUAGCUAUUGGGUUGGAUUACAUAAAGUUGGAAGUCAAUUUCAGUGGGUGCACCAGAAGGACACAAAACUUUCUUCAGAUGUGGAAUUUUACACAACACAUUCAACAUCUGCGGAAUGUGGACACCUCAAGCCAAAGUACCUCAGCAAUGCUUUGUGUAGUAGACAUUUCCAUUACAUUUGUGAAAAGAACUUUACCUGCUCUGUUACGUCAAAGAAUUGGUAAAAAAUCAGGUUUUUUUUUUUAAUUUUUAUUCCUUAAAAGCUAUUAGUAAAAUAAAAUUCAACAGCUUAGAAUAUUGACCCAAAUUAGAAAACUAUACAUGAUUUAGGAAAGCUUAUUCUCUUUAAGCAAGGAUAAAGCAAAGAUUUUUAGGCAGUAAAUGCAAUAAACUCAAGGAGUACUUACACAUUUUGAAAUGGCAUAAUCAGUAAAUGGAAAAACAUGAAACACUUAUUUUGUUUAAGUGAAAUACCUAGUAUUAAUUUUCCUAAUUACCAAGACAAAUUCAGUCCAGUGUAUGAGUGAUACAUUUGAAUUGUUUAAAAUACAAAAGAAAGCAAAAUUGAACUGUAAAACCACUUAUUCUUUCCUUUCUUGUCCUCCAAUAACCACUUGUCAGAAUCAAACAACUAGAUUUUAGAUAUCAUUCCAAGGCUAUCACAUGAAAAUGUCUUCUACUUAUGAAGCAAAUGUUAUAAAUGCAUAAAGUAUAAUCUGAUUUUUUUCCCUUUUUGGGAGGUUGAUAUUUAUAUGAUGCCUCAUUGUGUAGUUGUAGUUAGCCUAGAACUUAUGUAGGACAGGCUUACUUGAAAUUGGUGGUAGUCCCCUCAUCCUGGACCUCCUGAAUGUUUGGAUUGCAGGUGUGCACCAAGCCCAGUUGCUGUGGGAUGGUCUGUAUGUCAAAUUGCU